GGUUCUCUGUUGCGCUCCCUGUCAGGGCAGUCAUCGGUUGUGGCCGGGCACCAACUAGUUCUUCUGGUCUCAGGAUGAUGUAAGUCACUGGUUCAUGUGGCCCUUUCUGUCUCUUGCUGCCCCCAUCUUUUAAGGUCUCUUGUGAGUACAUGGGACUCACCUGGAUAACCCAGGAUAGUCUUCUCAUCUCUACUUAAUUGAUCUGUAAAGUCUCUUUUGCCUUGUAAGUUAACAUAUUCACAGGUUAUGGGGAUUAGGACAUGACCAUCGUUGUUGUUGUUAGGUGCUGACUCAUAGUAACCUUAUGUACAACAGAAUGAAACACUGCCAGGUCCUGCGCCAUCCUCAAAAUCAUUGCCAUGUUUGAGACCAUUGUUGGAGACACUGUGUCAGUUCUUCUCGUCGAGAGUCCUUCUUUUCUUGCUGACCCUGUACUUUACCAAGCAUGAUGUCCUUCUCCAGGGACUGGUCCCUUCUGAUAACAUGUCAGAGUACAUGAGACAAAGUCUCGCCAUCCUCACUUCUAAGGAGCAUUCUGAAGAUCUGAAGAAAAAAUUCAAGCCCUGAGAUGCAAUAUUGAAGGAUUCUAUGAGCAAAAAAUUGAACAAUGCUGGAAGCAUCAAAAGAAGAUGGAAGGAAUACACAGAGUUUCUGUACCAAAAAGAGUUGGUCUACUUUCAGUCAUUUCAAAAGGUAACGUAUAAUCAAGAACUGAUGGUACCGAAGGAAGAAGUCCAGGCUGCACUGAAGGCAUUGGUGAAAAACAAGGUUCCAGAAAUUGACAGAAUACCAAUUGAGAUGUUUCAACAAACGGUUGCAAUGGUGGAAGUACUCACUUGUCUAUGCCAAGAAAUUUGGUCAGCCGACUGGAAGAGAUUCAUUUUUGUGCCCAAAGAAAGGUGAUCCAACAGAAUGCAGAAAUUAUUGAACAAUAUCAUUAAUAUCACAUGCAAGUGAAAUUUGCUGAAGAUAAUUAAAAAACUGUUGCAAUAGUACAUCAACAGGGAACUGCCAGAAAUUCAAGCUGAAUUCAGAAGAGGACGUGAAAUGAGUGAUAUCAUUGCUGAUGUCAGAUGGAUCUUGGCUGAAAUCAGAGAAUACCAGAAAGAUGUUUACCUGUGUUUUAUUGACUGUCAUGGAUUGAUUUGUGUCCCCCCCAAAAUAUUUGUCAACUUGGUUAGGCCGUGAUUUCCAGUAUUGUAUGGUUGUCCUCCAUUUUGUGAUUGAUGUAAUUUCAUAUGUGCUGUAGAUCCUGAUCUCUGUCUGUGGCUAAUGAGGCAGGAUUGGGUUAUGUUGAAGAGGAUUAGGGGUGAGAUGUAACACUCGCAGAUCACAUCCCUGAUCCAAUGUAAAGGGAGUUUCCCUGGGGUGUGGCCUGCAUCACCUUUUAUCUUUCAAGAGAUAAAAGGAGAGAGAAGCCAGCAGAGAGUGGGGGACCUCAUACCACCAAGAAAGUAAUGCCAAUAGCAGAGUGCAUUCUUUGGACUCAAGGUUCCUAUGCUGAGAAGCUCCUAGUCCAGGGGAAGACUGAUGACAAGGACCUUCCUCCAGAGCCUACAGGCAGAAAACCUUCCCCUGGAGCUGAUGGCCCUGAAUUUGAACUUCUGGUCUCCUAGACUGUGAGAGAAGAAAUUUGUCUUUGUUAAAGCUGUCCACGUUUGGUAGGUCUGUUAUAGCAGCACUAGAUAACUAAGACUUUGCAAAGGUAUUCGACUGUGUGGAUCAUAACAAAUUGUGGAUAACAUUGUGAAGAAUGGGAACUUCAGAACACUUAAUUACGCUCAUACGGAACCUGUACGUAGACCAAGCGGCGGUCUUUCGAACAGAACAAGGUUAUACUGAGUGGUUUAAAAUCAGGAAAGGUGUGCAUUGGGGUUGUCUCUUUUCAGCAUACUCAUUCAAUUUGUAUGCUUAGCAAAUAAUCUGAGAAGCUGGACUAUAUAAAGAAAAAUGCAGCAUCGGGAUGGAGGAAGACUCAUUAACAACCUGUUCAUUAUGCAGAUGACAGAACCUUGCUUGCUGAAAGUGAAGAGGACUUGAAGCAGUUAUUGAUGAAGAUCAAAGACUACGGCCUUCAGUAUGGAUUACGUCUCACCAUGAGGAAAACAAAAAUCUUCACAGUUGGGUCAAUAACCAACUUCAGGAUAAAUGAAGAAAAGACUGAAGUUGUAAAGGAUUUCAGUUCACUGGGAUCCACAGUCAACACCCAUGGAAGCAGCAGUCAAGAAAUCAAAGGACAUAUUGCACUGGACAGAUCUGCUACAAAAGACCUCUUUAAAGUAUUGAAAAGCAAAGAUGUCACCUUGAGGACUAAGGUGCCCCUGACCCAAGCCAUGAUAUUUUGAAUCUCCUUAUAUGCAUUCGAAAGCUGGAUGGAAGAUUUCAAAGGGCAGCUUGAAAAGACAGCAUAAAGUAUUAUGAAAUUCGCAUAGACCUGGAGUUAGAAAACCAAAAGAGAAGAAAGAAUACGUUUGGCAUUUCUUGAACUGAAAGAAGAAAAAAAAAGACAUCUUUGAGGGUCAUUAUUCUGUCUAUCACAGAUGAAUUCUAUUUAAGAUGUAAUUAAAAUGUACUUGUCCACUGGGGCAGCCGUAUGAAAUUCUGAGUAGCACAUUGGUCGGAACUUGCCUCUUAGUACAGCUAUUCCGUCCUGUUCACUUGGACCUCCUGCCUGCACACCACUCUUAGUUGUUUUUUCCUAAGUGAUUCCUCUGGUACACUGACCAGUAACCACUGUACAUAUUUCAUCUUGGACGUGUUGGUGAGAGGCAAAUUCAUUUAUCAGUUCAGGUCAUUUAAUAAAUAAUAUGAAAAGUAAAAGGUAAUUGGGAUGAAAGGAGAGAGAAAGAAUGGCUUAAGCAAACAAUAACAUAUCUGAGGGUCCAAGAAACAGUGGCAUGAAUUCUCAUUCACUUCCUCUUGAGUAUUGUUACCAUUUAAAGCAAUCUGCCUCUCCUGGAGAUAAAGUCAGACAACUGUCUACUAUUUGACUGCUUCCAAGCUUUACUGUCACAUUUCUUCUACAUUAGAAACGCUACAGAGAAGAGAGACAACUCAAUUUUGUUUUCUAGGUAUUUCCACAUUUCUUCCACCAAAACUGUUUUCUAAACUUCAGCCUUGAAUAUUUCUACAAUACCUUUCCCAGCAGCAAUUAAGGAACUUAUACUUGGCCGAACAAUGUACAGGAGUAACAGAAUAGUACAAGGCUCCACACAAGCAAGAGUUUGGGAGAACUUCUUUGUGAAUUCAAGAGCUAAAGCCAUACCAGAGAUGUGGUGAUAUCCCCAUUUUAUAGAUGAGAACACUGAGGCUCAGAGGAGUUAGCCACUCCAAGGUCAUACAGCUACUGUCUACUGGAGGUGGAAUUCAAACCAGAUGUGUCUGGAUACUUUCUACUACCACAGUGUGUCUUUCUGGUAAUCCAGAUGGUUAUAUUUUUGUCAUCUUAAAAGUAGUUCUUUCCAUUACCACAAGAAGUAUGAUUUGAAAAAAAUAUAUGAAAGACUCUUCUGCAAAAUUCAAACGACCCAAGAAUAAGCUUACAGUUGUGAAUUUAUAAAAAGUCCAGAUGACCAUAUAUGAUUUCUGUGUGAAGAUCAGAUGAGAGAUAUUUGAUAUUUAAAGUCAGUUGUUUUGAUAUUUACAUUAUAUUUAUACAUUACAUUUAUAUUUACAUUGUGUUUGCAGGGGAAAAUAAAAUUCUGGGGGAUUUUAUGCGAGCUAAGUUUUAUUGUUAAUUUUAUUUUACUAAGCCAACUGCUUCAAGAAUGAAUUUGGUAAUAGUGCCAGAAACUGCAUAUUUAAGUGUGUUUCAAGUUUUCCUCUUUCAUGUGAGAAAUACUUUUAUAAAGUAAAAAGCAAGGAAUGAUUAUUGAUUUCUCGUAUAGUCAUACUAUUCAACUAGAAGAAAAAGUUUUAGGUUUUUCCUUCAAAUAGGGCACUAAAGCAGAUUCUAAAUUUUGUAAUUUGGGGGAUGGGGUGGUUGUCAUUGUCAGCAUAUUAAGGUUUUGUUCUGUUUUCAGAAAACCAACUUCAUUCCAAUAUAGAUGACUAUGCAGCCUGCAAUUCAAGUGUGGUUUGGAGAAGAUCUGCCUCUAAGUCCGCGAAGUCCUCUGACUCCCAGACAUGGACCAGGCUUGGCUGAUGUUUGUCAGUAUGAUGAGUGGAUAGCUGUGAGGCAUGAAGCCAGCCUGUUACCUAUGCAGGAAGACCUGUCAAUCUGGUUAUCUGGUUUAUUAGGUACUGAAGUUAAGGCAGAAAGAUUACUGGAAGAACUUGAUAAUGGAGUACUAUUAUGCCAACUGAUUGCUGUUCUUCAGGACAUGGUGAAAACGUGCAACUCUGAAGAAUCAGGGAAUUUUCCAAUGAGAAAAGUACCCUGUAAGAAAGAUGCUCCAUCAGGCUCAUUCUUUGCUAGAGACAAUACUGCCAACUUCCUUCACUGGUGUAGGCACAUUGGGGUUGAUGAGACUUAUCUCUUUGAAUCUGAAGGUUUAGUUUUGCACAAAGAUCCAAGGCAGGUGUAUCUUUGUCUUCUUGAAAUUGGUCGAAUUGUGUCAAGAUAUGGAAUUGAGCCACCAGUAUUAGUAAAACUUGAGAAAGAAAUUGAGCUAGAAGAGACCUUGCUUAAUACUUCUGGGCCUGAAGAGUCCAUCAGCAUUCCAAAAUCAUGCUGCCAGCAUGAAGAGCUACAUGAAGCUGUUAAACAUAUUGCUGAAGAUCCUCCUUGUAGCUGUUCUCAUCGGUUUUCCAUUGAGUACUUAUCUGAAGGACGGUACCGACUAGGGGAUAAAAUACUCUUUAUCAGAAUGCUUCACGGAAAGCAUGUCAUGGUCCGUGUUGGUGGAGGCUGGGAUACUCUUCAAGGAUUUUUGCUUAAAUAUGACCCCUGCCGAAUAUUGCAGUUUGCUACACUAGAACAAAAGAUUCUAGCAUUUCAAAAAGGAGUUUCUAAUGAAAGUGUACCUGAUUCACCCGCCAGAACACCUCAGCCUCCUGAAAUGAAUCCUUUGUCAGCAGUUAGCAUGUUUCAGAAACAAAAUUCAAAACCUGGCACACCAGUUGGCGUUCCAAGGAGCAAGGAGAAGCAGGUACAUCCACCAGGUGUGUUGCUGCCGGCAGCAUCUUCAAGGAAAGGAGGGCAACCAGGUUCUGUAUCAGUCCGUCCUAAAUUGCAGAAUUCUCCAGCAGCAUCUUCUCAUCUCAAAUCUUCAAAAGGCAUAACAAAGAAACCACAAACCCCUUCAAACAGUGUGUCAUCUAGGAAAUGCAUCUCAUCACCCAGUAUUCCUAAAGCUAGACUUAUUCCAGCCCAAAAGUCAAGAGAUGUGCCUGAUUCUACACUUUUGCCAAAUAAGUGUUCUGGAAAAACUGAACCACAGCGUUUGAAGCCCAAUCAUAUUUCUUCCAGUGAUAAUGCAGUAUCUCACCCUGCAGCACAUUUAAACCCAUCAUCAAAGUGUCCAAAGCUACCCAAAGCAAAUAUACACGUAAGGCCUAAACCUUCUCCUUCUUUCCAGGCCCCUGCAAAAAUGACAAAAUCCAGUUCCAAAAGCGCAGCCGCCAGGUCUCAACCACCUGAUGGAGCCCCACAAACAGGGGCAAACCCUGCACAGAAACUGAAAUCAGCCUUGAAUUUAAAUCAACCUGAUUGUGAGUCCUCAAUUUCUCCUGCAGAAGCUUCACAGGAACCAAAAGAUAAGAAAUUGGUUUCAGUUGCCAAAAAGCAGCCUCAGAAUAAAAUUACACACCAGCAAGCAGGGCCCAGCUCCUUAAGGUCCCCUGGUCGUACCCCAUUGGCCAUUGUGAGUCUUCCUCAGUCUUCUACCAAAACACAAACUGUAACAAAGUCAGCACAGACGGCCACUAAGGGCCAGUGUUCAGCUAAAUUAGGGCCUCCAAAAAGUGGCAAAACCCCAACUUCAACCAGGAAACCCGCCUCAUCUGGCAAGGAAGCAGUUAGUGGAGAUAAAAAACCUACCGCAAAGAAAAAGGAAGAUGAUGACCAUUAUUUUGUUAUGACUGGAAGUAAGAAGCCUAGAAAAUAAAUCUGUAUGUCAUUUUAAGGAAACAGGAAAGGAAGGGGAGUGUGUUACCUUCACAUCUGAAAAUUUUCUACCGUUGGUUUUUGUCCAAAUAGAUGCGAAUAUUGAGUCAACAAGAUAGGGGGUAGAGUUGGGGACAGGGCUCAGGGUUGGGGAAUGGGGUGAGGAGAGGGCAUCUCAGAAUUCACAUAUCUGAAUUCACCAGAAGGUUCUCUUUUCAGGCAAACAAUUAUAAAAUCACCACAAGGUUCAUAUUAAUAAUAGACUUUUGUAUGGUUUUCAAUCCAAAGCAUUGUUGUUAAUGUCUCCAUUGAGGAAAAUGUAAAAGUCAAGCAACACUACUAGAAUUAUAUUUGCUGUAUUUAUGAAUAUGUAUUAAAUAUAUGGGGCUUCUAUGCCGGCUAAUAGCAACAGUGGUGCUCUUAACAUUAGUCAUUGCAUUUUAGCAAAAAAGCAACGGUUUGGCACUUACCUUCCAAAAGGCGCCUAAUUUCCUGCUCAGGAUUGUCUGAUCAAACGAUCCUAAGUACCAGUGGCUGCUGCUGACAGCUUGACGCACUACUCUGGGUUAGGUGGAAUUCAUAUUACUGAAAAUUUUUGUAAGCUUUCCGAAUCAGAAGGCACUGGUUUUUCAGCUAGCAUAUAUUAACACUGUAAUAUUAUGUUACUUGUAUUUCCAGUAAAGAAAAAAACAAGUUA